AGGAAGCGACCUCUGCUUCCCCCGCUGUGCAACGGGCUCAUCAACUCCUACGAGGACAAAAGCAACGACUUCGUGUGCCCUAUCUGCUUUGAUAUGAUUGAGGAAGCAUACAUGACGAAAUGUGGCCACAGCUUUUGCUACAAGUGUAUUCAUCAGAGUUUGGAGGAUAAUAAUAGAUGUCCCAAGUGUAACUAUGUUGUGGAUAAUAUUGAUCAUCUGUAUCCUAAUUUCUUGGUGAAUGAGCUCAUUCUCAAACAGAACCAAAGAUUUGAGGAAAAGAGGUUCAAAUUGGACCACUCAGUGAGUAGUACCAAUGGCCACAGGUGGCAAAUAUUUCAAGAUUUGUUGGGAACUGACCAAGAUAACCUUGAUUUGGCUAAUGUCAACCUUAUGUUGGAAUUACUAGUGCAAAAGAAGAAACAACUGGAAGCAGAAUCACAUGCAGCCCAACUACAGAUCCUUAUGGAAUUCCUCAAGGUUGCAAGAAGAAAUAAGAGAGAGCAACUGGAACAGAUCCAGAAGGAGCUGAGUGUUUUGGAAGAGGAUAUUAAAAGAGUGGAAGAAAUGAGCGGCUUGUACUCCCCUGUCAGUGAGGAUAGCACGGUGCCUCAGUUUGAAGCUCCUUCUCCAUCACACAGUAGUAUAAUUGAUUCCACAGAAUUCAGCCAACCUCCUGGCUUCAGUGGCGGCUCUCAGACAAAGAAACAGCCUUGGUAUAACAGCACAUUAGCAUCAAGAAGAAAACGGCUCACUGCUCAUUUUGAAGACUUGGAACAAUGUUACUUUUCUACAAGGAUGUCUCGUAUAUCAGAUGAUAGUCGAACUGCAAGCCAAUUGGAUGAAUUUCAGGAAUGCUUGUCUAAGUUUACUCGAUAUAAUUCAGUACGACCUUUGGCUACAUUGUCUUAUGCUAGUGAUCUCUAUAAUGGUUCCAGCAUAGUCUCUAGCAUUGAAUUUGACCGGGAUUGUGACUAUUUUGCAAUUGCUGGAGUUACAAAGAAGAUUAAAGUCUACGAGUAUGGCACAGUCAUUCAAGAUGCCGUGGAUAUUCAUUACCCUGAAAAUGAAAUGACCUGCAAUUCCAAAAUCAGCUGUAUCAGUUGGAGUAGUUACCACAAGAACCUGUUAGCCAGCAGUGAUUAUGAAGGCACCGUCAUCCUAUGGGAUGGAUUCACAGGACAGAGGUCAAAGGUCUAUCAGGAGCAUGAGAAAAGGUGCUGGAGUGUUGACUUUAAUUUGAUGGACCCUAAACUCCUGGCUUCAGGUUCUGAUGAUGCAAAAGUGAAGCUAUGGUCUACCAACCUAGACAACUCAGUGGCAAGCAUUGAGGCGAAGGCUAACGUGUGCUGUGUUAAAUUCAGCCCCUCUUCUAGAUACCAUUUGGCUUUUGGCUGUGCAGAUCACUGUGUCCACUACUAUGAUCUUCGUAACACUAAACAGCCAAUCAUGGUAUUCAAAGGACAUCGAAAAGCAGUGUCUUACGCAAAGUUUGUGAGUGGUGAGGAAAUUGUCUCUGCCUCAACAGACAGCCAACUAAAGCUGUGGAAUGUAGGGAAACCAUACUGUCUGCGCUCCUUCAAGGGUCACAUCAAUGAAAAAAACUUUGUAGGCCUCGCUUCCAAUGGCGAUUACAUAGCUUGUGGAAGCGAGAACAACUCUCUUUACCUGUACUAUAAAGGACUUUCUAAGACUUUGCUAACUUUUAAGUUUGAUACGGUCAAAAGCGUUCUGGAUAAAGACCGAAAGGAAGAUGAUACAAAUGAAUUUGUUAGUGCUGUGUGCUGGAGGGCAUUGCCAGAUGGGGUUAGAAGACAGAGAUUUGCAGAGGUUACAUAACUUGUCCAUGCUGACAUAGUUUAGAAGUGCUAGACCAUUGAGCGAGUCCAAUGUGCUGAUUGCUGCUAACAGUCAGGGUACAAUUAAGGUGCUGGAGUUGGUAUGAAGGGUUUACUCAAGUUAAUUUGUAUUUGAUCCUGCUGAACUACACCUGCAGCUGACAAUGAGAGAAGGCAGAAACUGUCAUGUGACGUCUCUCCCCAAAGUCAUGGGUUUUGGAUUUGUUUUGGAUAUUUUUUCUUCUCCUAUUUUUUUUCUCCUUCAUACCAUUUGGGACAUUGGGAUACCCAGUGAACUCUCCACCAUCAAUGUAACUCUAUGGACUAUGCUGCUGUUGGUGGUGUGGUUAUCUAAUUUUUGUGAUAGGGAAACAAAUUCUUUUGGAUAAAAAUAAAUAACAAAAAAAUAAUAAAAGUUUAUUGAGCCACAGUUGAGCUGGGAAAGUCUUUUUCAAAGAUGGGAAGAGAUCUUUUCAAGAAGUUAAGUCACCUGAACUAUAGAAUAAUGUACUAGUGAAUAAUUUGUAAGGUCCUUAUUUCUCAACCUCUUUGGAAUUCUGCAUAUCAACAUAAAUGGAAAGUAUAUGCAUUCUUUCCAGUAAAAUUAAUGUGUAUAGUAGGUGGGAAGAUGAAUAACUUUACCUUACAAAUUCCUUUCUUCAUUCUCUGACCAGAUUUAUAUCAUCAGCAAGUACCAUACUUCAGUCUCUAGAUCUGGCCAAGAAUCUAAAAUUUUGACCAGUUGCGACCACAUUCAGAUAGAAAGGGAUCGGGGUACCCUCUUGAUCUUGGGGUCAUGAGUUUGAGUCCCACAUUGGGUGCAGAGAUUACUUGAGUAAGUUAAUUAAUUAAAAACCAAAAGCAAAAAAAAAAAAACCACAAAACAGGAAUAUCAGUCUCUGACACCUACUUCUGUCUUUGCCUUUGAAAUGUUACUCAUACAAACCAUAAGCCCUAAAUGCAGACAAACCAACUUAAUUUUGUAAAAUCCUAGCUAUCAGAUAGUCAAAGGUGUUACACCAUCCUCGGCUGAGCGGUGACUUGGAGCAGCGGUCACCAACUUUCUGUAAAGGUCACAAACUUUCUCUGUAAAGAUAGGAAAUACGUUAGGCUUUGCAGAUCACGUGGUCUCUGCCACAAUUACACAACUCUGCCAUUGGGGCAGGAAAGCAGCCACAGAUCUAAAGAAUUUGAAGGCCUGUUACCCCAAUUUCCAAGUCAUAGAAUAUCUGAGACCGUCUACUUAAUUUCAUGCUGUUUUCAAUGUGUAAAAUGGAAGAAAUUGGCAGUUUGAAUAACAGGUCAAGCAAAAGUAAUGUGAAGUUUUCUGCUUGAGCUACUUUAAAAGUGUGAACAUUUUUUAUAAAAAGAUAUAGACAAUUCAUACCCCACACAUAGUUUAUAAAAAUAGACACUUGGAGAAGCUUCAUAUGAAUAAAUACAUGAAUGAUAAGGGUAAUCAGAAUAUCUCACUGUAUCCCUCUACUCAAAAUUAUUAGGUCUACAUUUCAUUAUUUGAACCCUCAAAUGCAUUGUGGAAGGUAGAACUUUUUGAAUUUUAGAAAAGUCAUAGACUACAUAUACUAUAUAUUACGUGAUACCAUCCAACAAAGUCAGGAGCAAUAUACUCUGUUACCAAACACAUCAAUAUUUCUGUAGUAAAAUGUAUGAGUGUUCACAUUAUAUGAGAGUAAUCAACACUAAAAAUAGUCUUAUAUCAAUUCAGGACAGUUUCUACCACCAAAUGAGUUCACCUCAAACUUAGGUGAAAUUAUUCAGUUUUCAAAACUUCAAGACAAUUAUAUCUUACUAAUUUGGGAGAGUUAAGCACCUGAUAAACUUUUGGACUCAAUUUUGAGAGGAAAGGUCACUGUCAUUCAAAAGUUCACAUCUGUCAACCAGAACAAUGUUUAGGCAGCCUUCAUUUCUAAGAUUAAUGAAUGACCUUUUGCAAAGAUGUAGAAAGAAUAUUCAGAGGUAGAUACUUCACUUAAAGAUAUGUCCAGAAAAUCAUCAGAAUGGGAAGCAAAGAAUUAAUAUCCCUUUUAAUGCAUUUAAAUAAAAGAUUAUGGUUUAUAAUUUGGCCUGA